UCAGAGAGGCGUGCGGUGCGGUGCGGUGCAGUUGCUGACUGCAUGUCGGGUUUGUGUGGAGCAGAAUACAGCACGGCCUUAAAGUGAGGGAUGAGUUUGUGCUUGGAGCGAAUCCUGAGAUAAAGAUUUAGUGUGAAGAGCCAGAUGUGCACUUGGUAUGUUUUGCUUUUGCAGUGUCUGAAGCUUGAGUGACAUGCCAGAGAAGUCUCAUCACAGUCGUCGUCGUCGUCGUCAUCAUCAUCGGGUCUCAAUGGGUGAAGAAUCUCCUCGCUUGUCCACAGACUCCUCCUUGAGCAGCCAUGACACUGUCCUGGCUGACUACUGCUCGCUGUCCAUCGAACACUCUGAUAAUGAGCGACCAGUGAGCACAGUGUCCACUGUCUCAUCAGGCUCCUCCGGAGAGGGCCAGAGCAGCCUGUUCAGUGUGUCCCACUGUCCCCAGUCCAUACCCUCCUUAUCCACAGAAACUGAUAUCAGCCUGGAGCUCAGUCCUCCUGAGGAACCCAAUGAACAUCCACCCACUCUGAUGCCUGCAAGCAAGAGACCAAGGCAGGACCCUGCUGCGGGCCAGCUUAACAACAACGCAAGCAAUGGUGACACCAUUACUCUGCCACCAAGCCUGGACAGACCUUCACCUGUCGCCACUGUAGUGAUGGCACCUAACUCUCAACUAACAUAUGUGGACCGAGUGGUCAUGGAGAUUAUUGAGACAGAAAGGAUGUAUGUAAGGGACUUGUGCAGUAUUGUCGAGGACUAUCUGGCUCACAUUAUAGACACCAGGAAUUUACCCAUUAAGCCUGAGCAAGUGUGUUCCCUGUUUGGCAACAUUGAAGUAAUCUAUGAGUUCAACAGCGAGUUACUACAGUCUCUAGAAAUGUGUGACAGUGACCCAGUGGCUAUUGCAUGUUGCUUUGUGGAUAAGAGCGACUAUUUUGACAUCUACACUCAGUACUGCACAAACUAUCCCAACUCAGUAGCUACACUUACAGAGUGCAUGAGGAACAAGACACUGGCGAAGUUCUUCCGGGAUCGUCAGGCCACUCUCCAGCAUUCCCUCCCUUUAGGUGCCUAUCUGCUGAAGCCUGUGCAGAGGAUUUUGAAAUAUCACCUCCUGUUACAGGAAAUCGCCAAACAUUUUGACCCUGAGGAAGGAGGCUAUGAUGUAGUGGAAGAGGCCAUAGUCACCAUGACAGGAGUGGCCUGGUACAUCAACGACAUGAAGAGGAAACACGAGCAUGCUGUGAGACUGCAGGAGAUUCAGUCCCUCCUCAUCAACUGGAAAGGGCCUGACCUCACUACCUAUGGUGAGCUUGUCCUUGAAGGAACCUUCCACGUCCACCGUGCAAAGAACGAGAGAACGCUGUUCCUCUUUGACAAAAUGCUCCUCAUCACCAAGAAGAGAGGAGAGCAUUACGUCUACAAGACCCAUAUAAUGUGUUCCACUUUAAUGCUGAUUGAAAGUGCCAAGGACUGUCUUCGCUUCAGUGUGACGCACUACAAGCAUCCUAAACAACCUCAUACAGUACAGGCCAAAACUGUAGAGGAGAAAAAACUGUGGGCUCAUCACAUAAAGCGGCUGAUUCUGGAGAACCAUCAUGCCAUCAUACCGCAGAAAGCCAAAGAUGCCAUUCUGGACAUGAGAUCUGCCUGCCCAGUGAAGUAUCGCUAUAGUCCCGAAAGGCAAAAUAAGGGUGAGGACCAUCUAAUGCUAGGACUGAAAGAAAGAAGGCGGUCAGAGCCAUUUAACAGAGUUAAACAGAACGUGAGACCUACAAAAGAAACUCUUAAGCAUGCUGACAGCAUGGGUACUUUGCUGUCAGACAGCAGCCGGGAUUCUCUGCAAGCUGCAGCUAGCGCCUCCACCUUGAGUUCCGGCGUGGAUGAAGCAGAGACUGAGAGGCCCAUCACUGAGGAGAGCACAAGCGAAUGGCUCUCCCUGGACUGGCUAGAACCACCAUUCCAUAGAGAGAAAGAGGAGAAGGAGGGAGCAUUGGAGAAAGUACAGAGACGGACUGAAGAUGAAGAGAUUGUAGUUAAAGAUGAGCAGGUAGCUGACUUUGCCAGCUCAGUGUUGGCCGCCAUCUCCUGCUGGCGCUAUAAGGCCAGGGCUUUGCUUUUCACACGAGUCGCAACGAACAGAGAUGGGGAACAAGCUAUGGAGGAGAAUGAAUUGGUGAAACCUAAGAGAAGCCAGUCUCCCUCUGAAGAAGACCAGGGAGACAAUUCCACUGUGUAUCAACAGAACUCUUCUGAGGAUCAUUGUUCACAGGCCAUUUCUCUGCCUGGAGAAGAAGAUACAGAAGAAGCAAGUCCACAGCAGUCACAAAUUAACCUUCAGGAUGAAGCCAGAGAAGGCGAUGGGAUAGAUGGUGGUAGUAUGGAGUCACUGUCCUCAGUCCACAGUGAGCUCCAACUAGAGGACGAGAGCAUUCAAUCCGGAACAAACUUUUCGGAGGACCUGGGGGAGGAGGAAGAUGAUGAAGUUUCAUCAGAAACUGAACCUAGGAGUAUCUUGCCAACAUCUGUGCUAGACAAAGCCAGUGUUAUUGCUGAACACUUCGCCAGCAGUCACUCUCGGCAAAGCAGUCUGACAGCUGAUGACGCAUUCUCUUUAGGUUGCCCUUCAUCUCAGACAGGUAGUCGGAGAAGUAGUGUGUUUAGCCUCAAUGUUGAGCUGUUGGUUAAAGAGGAGACUCAAGAGAUGAACUGUUCCUCCCCUGAGCCAGUUAUGUUAAAACUUGGACCUGAAUCUUUAGCCAAAGCCAGUCUUGGAGACAGACUGGUCACACCAGACCAAAGACCACAAACAAAACCAGAUACACUCUCCAAAAAGGACAGAAUGCUUAUCCAUAAGAUCAAACAAUACUAUGAACAUGCUGAGCAACAGGAUGCCAAUUUCAGCAUCAAACGCAGGGAAAGCCUUUCUUAUAUUCCUGCAGGGCUAGUCCGCAAUCUUAGCCAACAGCUCAAUGGCCUUCCCACUGAAGAAGCUGUGGUAAGCCACAAGAAGGCCUCAAAAAUUACCAGGCCAACUUCUUGGGCAGUUUUUGAUCUUUCAGGCCUGGAGAAAGAGAAGAACUCCAAUGAAGUCAUGGACACAGAGAUUCUGACUAUUAUAGACAGAAAAGAAGCUAUGGACAGGUCUCAGCAAGGUGUCCAGGUUCUUGGUAAAGAUGAGGAUUUCCAAGCCUCCUCUGAGGUGAUAAGGAUUUGGCAAGACACGGAGGUUGAAAUAAGUGGAGCUUCUAAGGAGGCUCAAGAUGCUUCUAAAGAUAACAUGAACGGCACAGUUGCCAACUCUUCCCAGGAUCAAAAGGGACAGGAGAGUUCUUGUACUGACCUUGGGGAACCCCUGCUAAUAUUGGAAGAAUUUGAUAACAGCAUAGCUGGACAAGGGACAUCAACACCUGUACCACUUAGCAAGUUCCAAGGCAAAGAGCAUGACCUGGGGAGCAGCUUAUACACUGAUCAGAAGCUCCAAGAGACACAGAAGAUCAGACAUGCUCCUCUACCAAAGAUUGUCUCCCUGAGGUCAGACUCUGAAGAAGACCUAAUGCUACGUGAUAUGGAGAAAAUGAAUAACAAAGUCUUCCAGCUAGCUAGGCAGUACAGCCAACGUAUUAAGGACAACAGGCCUGUAGUGAGACCGAGAGCAAAGGUGUCAGAGAACAACUUUAGACACAAAAAGCUGUCUGUUGUGGAAGACAAAACUCCAGAGAAUGAGAUGGGUAUGCAGAGCCUGGCACUAUCACUUGGUUCAUGUGAUCGCACAGACUCCAGUUCAUCGCUGAGCCCCUCUUCCCUGGGGAGUCCUCAACUGCAGUCCACGAUCAGACCACCUGCUCUGGAUCCACAAAGUCCUGUCUUCACUGAGACCUUUAAUUGGCCAGAUGUAAAAGAGCUGCGUUCUAAAUACUCCCGCCCAAAUUCUCAGUCAGUCACAAUUAAUCGCAGUGUCUCUGUACCAGAGCGAAUACUUGAGGUUGGACGAAAUAAUCCCACAGCCCGACGAAGCUGCUCCUGUUCCAGCCAAAAUUGUGACCGUAUGGACCUCCACACAACACCAACUAAAGUCACUACCACUAUGCAAUCCAUGAACAAGGGACCUGCAGGACAGGGUGUAGGUAAACUGUCCAAAAGCAGUUCUUUGGAACACAUGAUGGGAUCUCUUCAUUUAAAAGAGCAAAUGAACCUUACAAACAUCCCAAGGAACUACUACAUAUCUGGCCAGGCCACCAUGCCCAAUGAAAACAAGAUCAUUGUAGUGGAAAGGAUUAUUAAGACAGAAAAUAAUGGUCUGACAGCAGGCAAAGAGGAGCUUCAUGAGGACCAGCCAAAGUGUCUGGACAGUGAUGAAACAUGUACAUUGAGGUCGUGUGAAAAAACAGAGAACAGCCAACACAAUUUAGUCAAAAACCUGCGAGAGAAGUUCCAAAACCUUAGUUCAUGCACAUAAAUGUUCUUGUAAGCUGCUUUCAGACUUUAUACUAUUGUACAUUUCCUGUACAUAGAGGCCCAGUGUCUUUUCUACAGAGAUAUCUAAGCAUAGCCUUGUGGGGUUGUGGCAAUAUGCCACUCAUUUGUUCAUUAUGUAGAUUGUAUGUUAAGAAUGGAGUGCUCAGGCCUUUAAAGGAGUCCAUUUAUAUAAUUAUGCUGUAUUGAUUAAUUGAUUUCAGUUAAGUGGUAAAAGGACAUUUAUAAACACAGACCUCACCAGACAUAUUUAUGAAAUUGAUAUUUUGUUGUGUAAUUUAGUGUAUAUUAGCAUUUUUGGAAGUUUAUAUAUGUACAAAAGCUUUUGAGGACUGCCUACAUAACAUGACACUGUUAAGCUUACUCAGGAUAAAUUUACCUCUAUGCUAUUUCAAGAUCUGUAUCAUUUAUCGUUUUCUUUUUUUUGUACUCCCUGUAUCUCUUUAGAGAAAAGUGUCCAGUAGGUACACUACAGCAAUAAUCAAGUAUAUAACUGGGGCUGUGAACAAUAUGGCCUGUGUGUAUGAAUGAUGGCUUGUAAUAUUGGGCAUUUGCAGUAGAAUUCAACUUGUGUAUAUUUUUGUAAAGCUGUCCCUUCCCAGUAACAUUAAGUUACCAACAGGGUGGUUCUAAUUAAAUAUGAGUGGACAGAAGUGGGGAUGGAUUAACUUUGAUCCCAGGUCCACAUUUGUUUGUUUCUGUCCAAAACAUUUCUGUGAUAAAAAUCUACUGUAA